UGCCACUCAACCGUUCAAUGUCGACUUCUGUCGUGGAAAAUGGUGACCUUUGCUGGAAGUGCCAGAGCCUUUUAAAUACCCAGUAUCCUGAGGGUCUUGUCAUUACAGAGAUCAACGAAACCCGACAGGAGCCAGACAAGAAACAAAUCCGACUAAUUAAAACAUUCGACUCUGUGGAAGUCACUGCUUCCAAUGGGUGCAUACUCUGUUUGCACCUAUUACACGCCUUGGGCAUUCCGGCAAGGGCUGCUUUAUGCCAGCUGACGAGUGCGAUUGACGGAACUUCUCCUGACAUUGCGUACGAAGAGGCGAUCUUUCUCAGUGAGGGAAAUCCUCCGAGUAUUGGAUUGCACGUAGAUCCGGACAAUCUAUAUCUUGGAUGGAACUCCGGUAACGAAGUUAAGAGUGUGAUACAACUGUUUCCAGAGGCUGAAGUAGCACCCUUUGUCGGCCAUGGAGAGGUCAGUGCCAACACAAAUUCAGAUACAAGCUGGUCAGUAGUCGCAAACUGGCUGGAUGAAUGUGCAAAGUCACACAAGCCAUGCAACAGGUUGAUGGCUAUAGAACCUUCCCUUCCAUCGCGUGUCAUCGACGUUGGCUCGGGAGCGCCGAGGCUAGUAGUAGUCAAAGAUGACACUCCCAUUUUGCCGUACGCUACAAUGAGCCAUUGCUGGGGUUCCCAUAUGCCUCUGCUGUUGCUAUCCAGCAAUAUAGCCGAAUUGCAGAAGCGGAUUCCGAUCUCACAGCUGUCUAAAUCGUUUCAAGAUGCUUUUCUAAUUACCCAACGAUUGGGUUUAAACUAUAUCUGGAUCGACAGUCUCUGCAUUGUUCAAGAUUUAGCUGCGGAUUGGGAAAGGGAGUCACAAUCUAUGUCCGAAGUUUACUCGAACUCUUAUUGCAAUAUAGCUGCUGCACAUGCUGCUGAUGGAACACAUGGAUGUUUUAUCGAGAGAAGUCCCGACUUGGUCAAGCCGCUGAAGGUCAAUCUCAACUGGGGCCCAAAUCCAGGAACUUACUACGCUGUCCAGUGGCUCUACUGGCGGGAGAAUGUUAUGAAUAUGCCCUUGCAUAGGCGGGCCUGGGCGUGUCAAGAGCGAUACUUGGCACCCCGGAAUCUGUAUUUCGGAGACACACAACUUUAUUGGGAGUGCUGUGGACGUGUUGCAAGCGAAACAUUUCCUUUAGGUUUACCGGCUAGAGUGGGCGCCCCUUCCAAGGGCCUCGAUCCACAUAUCGACGGUGCCCGUCGACGAAAGGGGUUGGGCUUAUCAGAGGCGCCAGAUCUGGAUGCGUUCAGUCUCUGGGAUCUCAUCAUCAGCACCUACUCGAAAGGAAAUCUCACUUACUCAACGGACAAGCUCGUCGCCCUAUCUGGGUUGGCGGGGAGAAUGCAAAAGCACACCAAAUCCCAGUAUCUAGCAGGAAUGUGGCGAAAACACCUAGCUUACCAGCUUUUGUGGAAGGCUAGCGGCAUCCAGUGGGUUGUGUCCACGUCACGCCCCGAAGUCUACACCGCGCCGAGCUGGUCUUGGGCUUCCAUACAUGGCCACAUCGAAGAUGCUUGUGUUGUGCGGCAUGCCGAUGACCACGAGAUCGUUCUGGAAAUCUUGGACGUCGGAGUUGAGCUAGUCAGUGAUAGGAAUCACUUUGGGCAAGUCAAAAGCGGAUUCCUUAGACUCCGGUGCAGCUUAGCAAAAUCAGGAGUUUAUCUGGAGGAGUCACCAGAAAACAGAGGCUCAUUCUGCCUUAUUGUCAACGGAUUAAGAGUUGGAAGUGCAAGUGUGGAUGAUUAUAGUCAUGAGUCUGAUCCAGUUAUGCACCACGGCUUUUAUUAUCUUCCAGUCCGGUAUAAUGCAAGAUACGAAGAGGUGAACCUAGGCGGAGUGACAAUGAGUGUUCCAAGAGUAGCCGGUAUUAUUCUUCGGGGUGCUGGUCCUGAAACCCAGAGCGAAUUUGUGAGGGUUGGCACAUUUACGGUCCUUUCAUCACCAAAAGACUUUCAGUUCGCAUGUCGACAAUACAGUAGAGAGUUUAGGCAGGUCGAGGCUGGAUACGACUCGGAACAAUGGGGUGCGAAGUGGGAUAUCUUAAUUCUUUGAUGCCGAUUGUUAAGGGAGAGGG